AUGUCUUUGGGUCCGCACUGUUCCCAAUUUUUAUCCAAUUACAUAUGGGUUUAUUCAGGAUAUGGGCCCCGUAAAACAGGCAUCAAAAGGGAAAUAGACGAAGCUCUAAGACCAGGUGUAUAUGCUUUAAUAGAUACUUGCUCAGCAGAUGAUCUUCAACGCCUUCAUACCUUAUUUGGAGAGGGUCCUUGCAGAAACACUCUGGCCACCUUGAAACAUGAUUACGAACUCAAUUUCCAAUACCAGGGAAAAGUCUAA